GUGUAAACCUUGAUAACCUUGUGACUAAAACUUCCACCUGAGUGGGAAGACAUCAGUUGUGCAACAGAAAGCAGGGGCACCACAAUGAUCGUGAGACUGGCUGCUUUGAUUCUUUUGAGCACUUUGUCUCACACCCAAGAUGUUCCUGAGCAGAUGCUUCUCGUUGUGGCUGAAUCUGGUCAAAAUCUGACUCUGACAUGUACAGUCACCGACACUGAAUUUGGGAUGUUCUACUGGUAUAAACUGAACUUCGGGUUUAUGGUCCAAACUGUUGCUUCAGGAACAUUUAACACAGCAUCACUUCAAGGACAGUUUGACAACUCAAGAUUCACCUUCUCAAAGUCAGACGCUCAGUUUUUUCUCCAUAUCAGAAAUGUGAGCAAAGCAGAUGAGGCGACGUACUUCUGUCAAGCUGGAACCUCGUACACCAUGAGGAUGCUUAACGGCACACUCCUGGCAGUGAACGAUAAAAAGCUGCAGGAACCAAACUACGUGCUGCAGAAACCAGACACAGUCUCCGUGGGUCCAGGAAGCUCAGUGACUCUCCAAUGUUCAGUCCUGUCCAAGGAGGACGACAGAGACCAGUGUUCAGAGGAACACAGAGUUUACUGGUUCAGAGGUGGAGCCCACGGAUUUAACCCAGGCUUCGUUCACACUCCGUGCACGGACGGAGAAGAUGGAGGCAGAAGAAGCUGCAGUUACAGCUUCUCCAAAACCAUCCAGGACUCCUCUGAUGCUGGGACCUACUACUGCGCUGUGGUCACAUGCACACAGAUCCUGUUUGGAGAAGGAACAAACGUGGAGACAAGACCUUUUUGGCCACUUCUAACACUUGGCGUACUUCUGGGCUGCUGUGUCAUCGUCAUCGUCUUCCUAAUUGUCUCCAGAAAACAGAAAGUUUGUGAACCUUGCAAUGGUUGGUUCCUCGCGUGCGUGUUGUUUCGAAACUCAGCAGCUUUGAGUCAGACUGAACAGGACAGAACAGCUGAAAAUCAGCCAAGUGACACGAGUGAGGAAACAGGCCCACUCAGCUACGUGGUGUUGGACUUCCCUUCGAGAAGACCUAAAAGACUGAGGAACAAGGUCGAGUUACCAGAGGAAAGUUUGUACGCUCUCAUGAGAGACUGACGCCUGAAGUUCGGCCCUCAUCAAGAAGAUACGUACGGUUGAUACUGUUAACAAUGCUGUCAGAUUACUUUAGUGCAGAGCCAUUCUUUAAAUUCAUAAAAGAUUUUUUCAUUUAUUUUGUAGUGUUAUUGAUUUACUUUGAUUCCAAAUUCAAUGAUAAAUC